CGGGCGGCCACGGGUGGGAGGUGGUGCGGCGCCCCGCCCCCCCCCGGGUGUGCGCGAGGCGGCGGCGCGUGGCAGCGGCGGCUCCCGCCGGCGGGCUCUGCGCUCCGGGCUCUGAGGGGCGAGCGCGGGCGGCGGCCCCGGCCCGGCCAUGACCGACUUCAAGCUGGGGAUCGUGCGGCUCGGCCGGGUGGCCGGCAAGACCAAGUACACGCUGAUCGACGAGCAGGACAUCCCGCUGGUGGAGAGCUACUCCUUCGAGGCUCGGAUGGAGGUUGACGCUGAUGGCAACGGUGCUAAAAUAUUUGCUUAUGCGUUCGACAAAAAUCGUGGAAGGGGAUCCGGCCGCCUCCUGCAUGAGCUGCUUUGGGAGAGGCACCGGGGAGGGAUCGCCCCAGGAUUUCAGGUGGUGCAUCUGAACUCGGUGACCGUGGACAACCGCCUGGACAACCUGCGCCUCGUUCCGUGGGGCUGGAAACCCAAAGCUGAAGAAAUCUCCAGUAAACAAAGGGAACAAAGUCUGUAUUGGCUGGCGAUCCAACAGCUUCCUACAGACCCUAUAGAAGAGCAGUUCCCUGUGCUGAAUGUGACACGAUACUACAACGCUAACGGGGACGUGGUGGAGGAGGAGGAGAACUCAUGCACAUACUAUGAAUGUCACUACCCCCCAUGCACAAUGAUCGAAAAGCAGUUACGUGAAUUCAACAUUUGCGGCCGCUGCCAGGUAGCGCGGUACUGCGGGUCGCAGUGCCAGCAGAAGGACUGGCCCGCUCACAAGAAACACUGUCGGGAGAAGAAACGGACCUUCCAGCAAGAGCUGGGACCAGAGCGAUGACCGGGCGGCGCGGGCCUCUCAGCAGCAGGAUUCCUUCUCAAAGGCAUUGGACUCUUGCUUUUGCACAGUAAUGACAGGCUGCUCCGUGAAGCCAGAGGCACUGAAGAAGAAAUAAAACCCCUGUGAUGCUUGAGCAGAACGGCUGACUGGACUGAGCCAGCUCCGACUGGUGCUGUGGAAAGGGAUCGGGUCUGCCCUUCCAGUAUUAUAUUCUCAAGCAAAAAGACUACUGUGGAGGCUCCAGGCAGGAAGCUUCUCGUUAUUUAUAUGUUAAUACGUUUGUAAACUCAUGUACAGUUUUUGUUAGAAAUUCUCGAUAGGACUCAUUAACUGUAAUGUUCAGAUGAGAACAUGUUGUUGGCCUAAAAGUUUCAAAAAAAGACAAAAAAAAAAGUCAUGUAGCAAAAGCUUUUCCUCCCAUGUGGCUUAGAAGUGUCUGUGGCUGUGCCGGGGCCGGGAGGCGGCUCGGACACCAGCGCUGACUCCGCAGAACUCUGCAUGGAAGAUAUAUUUAAAACAAACAAACAAAGGGGAGGGGGGAGCAAACAAAGUAAAGGUUGGAAUGAA